AUGAAAUUAAAAGAAAUAGGAGAUAAGCAACAAACUCUAAAGGUGAAUAAUUUUCACCAAAAUUCAGUAGCAUAUGAAUAUUUAUGUAGAAUAGAAGAGGUUAAAUUAUGGAUGGAAUCAAUUUUAAAUGAGCCUCUUCCUCCUACUAUUCUUAUAGAAGAAAACCUGAGAAAUGGGGUUUAUUUAGCAAAAAUAGGUAACUUUAUAGCACCUGAAAGGGUCCCUCUUAGUAGAAUAUAUGACAUAUUUCAGCAUAAAUACAAAAGUGUUGGUCUUCAACCACAACAUGCCGAGAAUGUUAGUUACUGGGUAAAAGCUUUAAAAUCGAUAAAUUUGCCUAAGAAAUUUAUUGUAGAAGCAGCAGGUAUUUAUGACAAAAAGGACAUGCCUCAAGUUAUUUAUUGUAUACAUGCUUUAAGUAUUUAUUUAUUUCACUUGGGUCAAGCUCCUUUGAUCCAAGAAUUAUAUGGUAAAGUGCAAUUCACAGAAAAUGAUAUUGAUACAAUAUCUUUCGACAUGGAAAAAAAUAAUGUAUCAUUGCCAGAAUUUCAAAAAAUUAAUGACUUAUUAGCAGAAUGUUUGACGAAUGAUAAAAAUACUUUAAACAUUGAAAUUAAUAAUCUUAAUCAAGCGAUAAUAGAAGAGUCUAACGAAAAAUUAUUAUCUAGUUUGAAUUUGACUUCUGCUAAUCUGGUCCAAAUAAUACCUGAAUAUAUAAGUUAUUAUUUAAAAGCAUUCAAAAAUGCUCGAAAUAAAAAAUUUCAAUCAGCACAAAAUCAGUCAUUAAAUAGAAAAUGCAAAUCCAAUAGUUAUAAUAUUACUUUAAGUCUUAGUGAAAUUCAAGGGUACAUACGAGAAGUAAACAUUGAAUGCACAUGGCGAGAUAUAUUAUUAUCUGUAAAAAAAAGAGAUAGGCAUAAUUUGAAAAAAAUCAUUGAAUCAUUUUUUCCUGAAAUCAAGGAUUAUCAAAGUAAAAAUUUAGAGUAUUACAUCAAUGAAGCACUAUCAAUUGAUCCAAAUAUUGCAAGUACAAAUAAGGCUAGAGAAAAAAUACAUGGUAUUGUCCGGAAUGGAAAUCGAAAAUUUAAGGAAUUUUCUAGGGUUUCAGACGCUGUCAAAAAAGUCGAAGAAGCAAUUAAAAGCAACAGCAAAGAUAAUCUAUUAACAGCACUUAAAAUACCAUGUUUAAAAUUAUCAUCUGAAAUAAUAAAUUUUGCUGCCCCUUUGUAUUUGGAGGAAAUGCGCGAAGAUUUAAAAAUGUCAAAGGAAUUAACUUACAAAGAUAUUAAAAGUAGUAUAUUUAUUUUAAAUAAUAUUGCCAAAAUAACAGUAGCCGUUGAUAAUUGCGAUUAUAAAUCUUUUUGGAUGUUAUUGUGGAAUGCAGACAUUCCUUUUAUGAAUAUUGACAUUGCUUUAAAAACGCAGUAUUUUAAAGCAUUAAGUGCUUGCAGGGAGCAAAAAAAGAAUCAAAAUUUGGAAAAUACCUUAUUGACAUUUGUUGAUAUACAAGAAUGCAUAGAUAUGGCUAAUAUUCAAACCCUCGAACAAACAAAUACUUUAAUAUAUUUGGAAGAAAUAAAUAAUGCGGUUCAAUGUUCGAAUACGCAAAAACUUUUACCCGCGUUACAAGGCGUAACUUCUGAAGAAGAAUUGUCAGACGAUGAUGCUAUUCUUUGUAUGCAUUUACUAAAAAAAUUAAUGAAGGAAGAGGAAAUGAAUGAAGAUAGAGAACUUUGGUUAAAUGACGUAAUUUCCGUUGUGGAUGAAAUGAAAGAUUUAAAAAAAAAGGCUUUAUUUAUUUGUGAUUUUCUACGUGGGAAAAAUUUACGUGAUUGUUUACCUCCGAAUACGUUUGAAACUAAUCAAAAAUCAAAAAAUAAGUUUUUGACAACGAAUGGUUACAAAAAUAUUGAAAAAAAUAAUUCGUCUGAUAUCUGGCUCAAAGUAAAAUUAAAAGAUGAAAUAAAUAUUUAUUUAAAUCCCUCCAGCGGGAGCAUCAAAUGGUUUCCAACGGUCGAUUUCAUAAAAAAAUUACCUUGUUUAAUACCAAUUAACGACAUCGAGGUAUUAUUUCGGAAAAAUUAUUUGAAAUUAAUUUUUACUAAUGGCUGUGAUUGGAAAUUUUCAAAUUUUAUUAUUAUUUUGCAGUUUAUCAUUCGUAAUUUUGAGUCAACUUCGUUUAAACGUACAUCUUUAGAGAAUUUUCAUUUCGAUAGUGAAAUUCUCAUCAAAUUUCAAGGAGCUAUUCGUGGGUUUAUAAUCCGCAAAAAUAUUAAAAAGAAACUUAAGGCUAUUAUAUUAAUUCAAAAAUGGUGGCGAAGAAUUCAAAACGAAAAAUUAAUCGAAGCUCAAAUUGGAAAAAAUGAAAAAAAAUUUUCUUCUCCUGAUGACUUCUACAUUAAACACGUACGAAAAAUUAUAAAAAUUCAAGCUUUUUGGAGGGGAUACUUGACUAGAAAAAAUUUUAAUUCUCAUAACAAAAUUUUAGAUUCUAAAAUCGAACCAUCUUUUAAAUACUUACGACGCUUAAGCUUACUUAAUUAUUUAAACGACCAUUAUGAUUAUUCUGUCGAAUUAGAAAUUCAAAAGAUUAAAAGUUCAAUAGUGAAAAUAAUUAGAACGAACCAAGAACAAGCGAAAAAACUUGAAGAAAUGGAUAUUAAGAUCGGUUUGCUUGUACAAAAUCGCAUGUCCGUAGAGGCGAUCGUGGCUGAAAAUAAAAAAAUACAAAAUAUUUCCACCGUGGGAAUAGAUUCGAGAGGAAUAAAAGCUUUUAGUAAGGAAGCUAAAACGUUACUCGAUGGAUACCGACAAUUGUUUUACCUUCUUCAAACGGAUCCUGUUUAUUUGACAAGACUAAUUGUUCGCUUGCCGUCGAAAUUUAAUCACGUGAUACAAAGUUGCGUUUUAUCCCUUUUCAAUUACGGUUCCAACACACGCGACGCUUAUCUUCUUCUACGCCUUUUUCGUUUGGCACUUUUUGAAGAAGUUCAAAAUAAAUUUCAAAAACCCGUUGAUGCCAUAACCGGAAAUUCACUUGUGUUAAGGUUGGCAGUUGCAUUCACUCGACAGAAUCAUAAUCCUCUGAAAAAUAUUUUAGGUUUUUUAAUCGAAAAGGUAUUGAAUGAUAAAGUGUGCAUCGAUACGAAUCCAGUUGAUAUUUAUCGUCGUUGGGUAAAUCAAAUAGAAACGGAAAGUGGGAAACCUUCGAACUUACCUCAAACGGUAUCCAUAGAAGAAGCAUUGUCUUAUCCGGAAAUUGUCAUGCGUUUGAAUCACAAUUUAAAAAUUUUACAAUCUUGGGUAAAAUGCUUUCUGGAUAGAUUAGUUCAAUGCGUCAAUCAAUUUCCAUACGCUUUAAGGUUCAUCGCGAAACAAUUAAAAAAUGCUUUAUUUCAAAAAUUUCCAAAGGCGCUCGAAAAAGAUAUUUUAAAGAUUGUGGGAAAUCUCGUUUAUUAUCAGUAUAUUAAUUCAGCAAUCGUUGCGCCGGACGCUUUUUGCACGAUAACGUUACCACCCGAUCAGCCAAUGAAGCAGGAACAACGUCGUAAUUUGGCAAGCAUAGCGAAAAUCCUUCAUUUUGCUGCAACAAAAAAAGGAUUUGGAGAAGAAACGAAAUACUUGAAAUCGUUGAAUCCCUUCAUCAUCGAGUGUCACGAAAUCAUGAAACAAUUUUGUAAAAACUGUUGCGCGGUCGAAGAACUCGAAAAACAUUUUCGCAUCGAUAAGUAUUCGGAAGCGUUGAUGAUUAACAAACCCAAAAUUUAUAUCAACUUGGAGGAAAUAAGAGAAUGUCAUAAACUUUUGUUGGAAGUCCAACAUGAAAUUGCGCCAGAUUCGAUGGAUCCAAUUCACGAAAUUUUAGAUGAUCUUGGUUCUCCUCCAUCGCUCUCGACACUUGUCGGCUGCAAUGAUUCAUCUGAGGCAACACUUUGCAGAGCAGGAAGACUUCAAGUGUGUUUAGAAUUGGAAAAUAAAUUUCAAAUCCCUCCGCAAGAAGUAACGGAGAACGAAAAAUUAUUCAUCGAGCAAGGAGACACUCUGGCAAGCGCUAUUUGCGUUCCAAAACAUUUCGAUCUUUAUUCGAAAUUGGCAAAAUUGGAACUUGCUGGAUUUGUGAGGAGCGAAAACGAUUACAUUGAAAUUAUCAAAUCCUUAUUAAUCGAUAUAUCAUACAAGCAAGAAUUUUUAAAACUUCAAAAACAGGAAAUAAUUGAAUUGAAAUCAACUUUACUUAGACUUGAAGAAAAGAAAGAGUUUUACGAAAGUCAAGUAUCUCGUUACGAACAAUAUUUAAAAACAUGUCUUUCUAAUCUGACAGUAAGUUCAAAAAGGUAUAAGGAAAAAAAAGAAUACAGUAUUAAAUAUUCCGGAGCACGUUUACGGGAAAAAGGAGUAUUGAUUUCCCUGAAUGGAGUUCCUUUGACUCAGCUCAAAAACGUACAAUUUGAAAUAUCUACGACAAAAUUAAAUGGAAUUUAUUCCGUUCACGGUCGUUUUAUGGGAGUCGAAGUAUGUAUAUCGAAGACGAGUUUAAACGAUGAAAAUAAGAACUAG